UCAGUGAGAAAGAGCCAGGAGAUGCAGGUGCUAAUUAUUUCGAAUUCCUACAGUUUCAACGAGAGUGGAUAUGUGGAGUUUUGGGGUCGAGAUUCAAGCCAAUCAUUUCGUUCUUUUUUCAAACAACAUCGAUUGAAUCUGGGGGUUUAUUCCAUGAGUUCGAUUGACGGAUUCUGGGGGUUUGUUUGGUGUCAGUUUCAGUGUAAUUGAGAUAUGGAAUUGGGCAUAAGUGAAGCGUUUCAUGGCAUGAACGGAGAGUUUAUAGAGUGGUAUUGAAUGGCAGUUUGGUAUUGCUGCUGGUUUACAUUUCAUAUGGGAUUUUGUGAGGUUCUUAUUAUGGCUUGAAAUGGGUUUGAUUUGGGAAUUUUGUGUAGAACAGGGAUGAAGGCGUGAGAUGAAUAUCGUUGUGAAAUUGAAGAUAGCAACCGGUGAUGAUUUAGUUUGGUGUUGGAUCGGGACUCAAGUUCAGUUGAUGAGAGAAGCAUUUAGAUGGGGUCUUGAUGUAAACUGAGAAUGGUUUUGUUUAGCUGGAUCGGGUAUGUGUCAGGGAAUGGAAGAUGGGUUUUGACCUAAUUUCGGUGUUAAUCCAUCUGUGUGAAGUAUUGCUCGAUCCAUACAAUUGAAGAAGAACUGUUGGAGAAAUUUCCACUGUUAACAGCAACAGAUUUGGGGGUUUAGUGUGGCAGUGAUAAAGCAAGGAUUUCUGGUGGUGGUUGUUAAGACACGAAGAGAGUACUGCAGUUGUAGUUUGCCGUGACAGGUCUCAAAUGUUAAUCUUUCCAGAUUUUUAGCAACAGAUGGAAAUUGGGGUUCGUUAGUAUGGUAUGAAAUGUUGAUUUGUUGUGCUCAGUGAGUGAACUGGUUGCAACCAGAUUUGUGGCCUGAGAUUGGAAGUCAUGGUCUGUGCUUGGAUCGGGUUUCAACUAGGAUUUUGUUUGGUACAGUGUGGAGUCUCCGCGGCACCUACUCAAGAGAGGAGUCGAAUACAGGUAGUCAACAACUGAUUUCAGCUAUCUUUAGGCAGAAACUGGAGGAAGAGAUUACAAGUAUUUUCUAUGUACUGAAUGAAGAGAUGAAUACGGGUUGGUUCAGGUCUUUUUGGCAUGAAGAUAGGACUAACUCGUUGAGAUAGAAGUCGGAGAAGAAGUCAAGUUGUUGUUGUAUAAAUGGAGAAGAAGGACCAACCAAAAGGGAGAAAGAUAGCUCUAAAGACUUGGCGACAUUAGGAGCUACUACGGGUGCAGGGAACAAGUGUUGUUGCUUCAGUUGUGAUUAGGCUGAAAUAUUGCCGAAAUCACAGCCAUUUGGGUAACAUUGUAUUUGUUUCUUGUUUCUUUUGUGUAUACAAUAUUCUAGGUUUGAUCAUUUUAAUCGACUGCGUAACUAUCACCGUUUAGCUAAUAGGGUAUUAGUGAAUCACCCUAGUCAUCCAAUGGCAGGUGAAGCUGAGAGAUUAGCGGUUGAGGCUGAAGCUGAGAGAAUAGCUGCUGAGGUCGCGGCCAAUGUUGAUGGACCUAGAACCCUUAGGGAUUAUUUGCAGCCGGAAAGGACUUCUACACCUUCUUGUAUAGUUCUUCCGGCUAAUGCUGGCAACGUGUCGAUUAAGUAUGGGCAGAUACAAGCACUGCCUAAGUUUCAUGGAUUGGACUCCGAGAGUCCAUACAUACACUUGAAAGAAUUUGAUGAGGCCUGUACUACUAUGCCUUUUGUUGUUGCGACUCAAGAUAUUGUAAAACUGAAAUUGUUUCCAUUUUCUCUAAAGGAGAAAGCUAAGACUUGGCUGCAUUUUUUGCGACCAAACACCAUUAGGACAUGGAAUGAAAUGACUAGAGAGUUUCUGAAAAAGUUUUUUCCUAUUCAUAAAACCAUCACUCUUCGCAAAAAUAUUAUGAAUUUUUCUCAAAAUGAACAUGAGUCUUUUUUCGAGUGUUGGGAGAGGUUUGAAGACUUACUUUCUAGCUUCCCUCAUCAUGGUUAUGAAAUUUGGAGAGUUAUUAACUUCUUUUAUGAGGGUCUGAAUUCUGGUAUGCGUCAGUUUGUUGAAAUGAUGUGUAAUGGGCAAUUUUUGAAUAAGUCACCUGAUGAUGCUUGGAGUUAUUUCGAUUCGCUAGCUGAAAAUGCCCGAAAUUGGGAUACUUCAGGCACAUCAGAUAGAAAUAAGUUCAAACCCUUAGCUAACUCUAGGCCUGGAAUGUAUGUGCUGAGUGAGGAAGAUGAUUUGAAUGUUAAAAUUGCUAGCUUGCAUAGGAAAGUUGAUGUUAUUCAGAAACCAAAUGUAGUUAAGGUAGCUGACUCGGUAGAACAUGCUUGUGGUAUUUGUGAAAGUCUGGAACACUACACUAAGGAUUGUCCUACAAUCCCAUCAUUUCAAGAAGUGUUACAUGACCAAGCAAAUGCCAUGAAUACAUACAAAAGACCUUUUAGCUCACCUUAUUCAGAAACAUAUAAUCCUAAUUGGCGAAAUCACCCUAAUUUCAGUUGGAGAAAUGGUCCUACUAUGAAUGAUGUUAAUGUUCCUCAAGGGUCUUCAUCUAGUAAUCCUUAUGUGCCACCUCAUAAGAAGACUCUUGAGGAUACUUUACAAACUUUUAUGCAAGGACAGAUGAUAAGCACGUAAAUGCUACAUUUUAUACCCAUAUUUAUAUUAGCUAAGACUCGAUAUUUUGGCUAAUAACACUAUUUUGGUGCUUUUGUAGAAAGUACAAGGAAAUAGCUUCGAAAGAUAAACAGCUCAAUAAAAAGCUAAAUGGCAGUUGCAACCAAAGAAACUAAAGUUGGUGCUCUCAUGGCACUAUGAGACAACUUAUGCACUUGUGGGCUGCCAAGUCCAUAACUCAUGUUGGCUAUCUUACCAUUUCACGUACAGAGAAACAUGGCAUGAAACAAAAGAAUUUUGCUUUGUUUUCCAAGUACUUGAGUCCAUUAGGAUUUAAGAAAUAAGUGGAUGUGGCUUCAUUAUCACCACGUAUUGUCAGUAUGUAAAAGAGCAUGUAAGUCUUCUCUUUAUCAGAUUGAAAAGGGAUUCUCAUUUCUUAAAAAGCAGAUGGAGUUCGAGACUGUUUGAAGCAUCUGUUGUUACAUUUUGCGAGAUGGAAACUUCAGAGAUUCAUCCAUGGCGUGUAUUAGUAGUACUAGAGAAAAAUCAAGCGGCAGCAGCUUAUUGUGGAGACUGGGUAAUGGCCUGAAGUUGGAAACGGUCUCGCAACUGAUUGGUGUUGGUUGUCACUGCAGUCUAUAAUAUCUCAAUUGCAUAGCAAAACGAUGGCAGUGACGAGUUUAAUAGCAGCAGCAAAGCAAGGAAGAAGAUGUGUUUGUGCUCGAAGAGAGUUGGUCUCAAACAGAAACGGUCUGUUGCAGGCAGUAGAGGUGGAGCUCAUUGUCAAUGGAGUGGGGGUUCGCUGGCUGAAUGAUUGAAGUGAUUCUGGUCGGGAAAGAUUGGCAGCGGUGGUUAUCUUCAAAUACUUCGUGGCAAUGACGCAGCUGAAUUUUAUGUCGGAGCAAAGAGGUAGUGGGGCUGGUGGCUUUCGAAUGGCGUUGGCGGUGAUAGUUGUGGUCAUCAAAUGGAGCUCAAGCUACGCUUCUAAAAUAAGAAGCCGAAGGUACUGUUGAGAGAAGAUGACGAUUGUUGUCCGUAUGUAAUGAUUGGGUGAGCUGCCUAGUUGGUGAUGAAUGGAAGAUGGCAGCAUCUGUUCGAAGGAGAUGGAGCUGGCUAGAGAAGGUUGUUGGCUGGUUUUGUACGGGACCAUUCCCAUCGAAAUGGAGUUGAUGCCCAACGAGUCGGAAAUGAAACUGGUUUUUACCGUGAUCAGUCUGGGAAGGAGCUCGGUGUGGUUAAUCUGAUAUUAGGGUUGGUCGAACACUUUCUUAAGCUGCGGACUACUGGACUGGGCCUUUGGAAGGAUUUGCUAGGUCUUAUUUUAAGGCUCUUGGCAACACUAUAAAAGCGAACAUAGACUACAAAAGAAGGGGAGGCCGGCUGGAACAUAUACUUCGGAGGCCGUUUUGGAGACGAAGAGGGAGGCGCUGCUACAGUGUCGAGAAGAAGAACUGGGUUGGAGUUUGCAUUUUCGUUUUCAACUAGCUAGUGAUUUUCUUUCAUAUGUUUAUGGCUUUUGAGAAAGCCAUGUUUUGCUAGAUUCAUGUAACUAGGGUUCAUGAUUGAAACCACUUUGGGGUACUAGACUACUUUUAAUUAAAUUGAAUUAUCAAGUAAUAGGCCAUUAUGAUUUGAA